UAUAGAGUCAAUAACAGUAGUAACUAAGAACUCGCAGCAUCUCAUAUGACAUAUUUGUAAUUGAUAUAUAAUAAAUGAAAAUUAUCAGAACUGUUACUAUAUUUUAUAAUGAAAGCACUGAAUACAAUGCAAUUAAUAGUACCGAUUUGUGCCAGAAAACCAAGAUGCAAAAUCUGCGAUGCUUAACAUUUUGUAUAACAAAUAUGUAACAGGUGAUUACAUAUAAAAGAGAAUGUAAAAAAUGGCGCAUAGCUUAUUUAUCUGCGAAAAGUAUUGUGUCUGGGUGGCUGAAAGGUAGAGGAAUUGAUAUAUAUAUAAUACCAAAAGUCACAGAAAAGUUUGAUAAACUUGAAAGUUUAGCCGGAAUAUAUUGGUAUGUUCUUGUCAUAUGGACACAAAAUGAGAGAUCAAUGUUCUUGUCAGACUACUUGAAGCAAGGGUAAAAGUUGAAUCAGUACAAAGUUCACUGAAAGAAAAGCGCAAAGGUACUAUAUAGUACCUGGGCCUAUAAUAUCUUCAGGAAAGAAGAGAGUGGAAGAGAUAUAGGACUGAAUGGAGCCAUAUAUAUGAAAGGAAUGUUGAGAACAUGUUACCAUCCACCAAUUUUUUCGUCUUAGAACUGUGGCGGUUAAAGGGGAUUAAUUUUAUAAGUGUGGUGAAAUAUGAUCGUCUAUAUAGUUUGUGAAAAAUAUAUAUUUUGAAACAUUAUUAUUUAGUAGUAAGAACUGUAUCUACUGGCGAUUUAUGUUUUUAUCAGUUGAAUUACUGGAAAGGGGGCGUGUCCUUUCAAGAAAAAGUAAGAAGAAGAAAUCGACUUACGACAAGAAAAACAAAAAAAAGGUCAAUCUCAGAAGUAAACAAUAUGGCGUCGUGUACCCUUAUAGGGUUGUAUGUCAGUAGUGGAGUGCCUUUAUUUGUAAGGCACACUGGACCAGGAAAACCGCCAGCAUAUGCAUUAAUUGGCUCUUUGAAUGGUGUGCAUGUAUUUGGAGAGAGCCAUGGUGUGACUUUAUGUACAACUAGAACACGUAGUUCAUCUUUGACUUGGAAGACUUACCAUGACAGCAUAAGACUGAUUAUGAUAAGAGGGAUAGAUUGUGUUGGAGACAGUUGUGAUGGCACUCUUCUUGACUUGAUGUUUUCAUCGUUAGUCCUUCUUCUGGGAUUGGAUGCCUUAACCACAGCUUCAAAUGUAGAGAGAUUGAAGAGAGAUUUAAGGCCAUGUUAUCCGGUACUAGAUGAACUUUUAUCAAGAUCUAUAGGUGAAGAUCAAGGAUUUUCACAUCUAACUGGAUGUGCAGAAUGCCUGUUACCUUCAGAACAGCAUACCUUACAG